AUGCAGGCCGCCUCGAGAAAUACCCCCGAAAACCCCCGAAACACAGGCUCAUAUUCUCAACGGAAUGAUAACACUACUAACGCCCAUUUGCAGGCCAUCUUGAGACGUUCCCAUGAACACCUCCGAAACUCAGGCUCAAAUUCUCAACGGGAUGCCAACACUGGUUUUACCCAUUCGCAGGCUACCUUGACCAAUAGUCAAUCUUCUGGGAAAAAUGCGGAUGAUGUUGCCCCGAUGGAAACAUUUGAUACAGAAUCCCCCAAAGGUGGACUAACCCCCUCGGCAGACUAUACUUCUACUCAAACUGCCGAUAACCUUCCUGAAAAUGGCAAAACUCAAAACCAAACAGCGAAUACCGAAGAUGGGAAGGCUACAACGAAAGAAAUUGUCAUGAAGGACACUUACGAUGAGUUAGAGAAAUUUUUUGGCAAAGGAAAAAUGGAAAUAGAACGUAGUAAUGAUGACAUAAAUAUGAUUUUUGAGCAUGAGUCAUCUCACUGGAUGGUUCGCUUUCCUAAAACCUUCCCACAUCAACCAGCGAAGCUUUACCGUGCAUCGAAUCGUCAUCAUUGCUCAAGCAGCUUGCCAUGCCCUCAUCAUUACCUCGAGAAACCUCUUACUAAUCAUGUUAACAUACUUCUGUCUAUCGAGAAAAAUUGCCAGUUGACAUGCCAAAUUUGUGAAAAUAUCAGCAAAGAAAAUUUAACCCCCGAAGGUGGACCAACCAUCCCGGUAGACCAUGCUGCUCAAACAACCGAUAACCCUCCAGAGAAUGGCUCAGCUCAAAAUAAAACAGUGAAAGAAAUUACGAUGAAGGACAUUCACGAUGAGUUAGAGAAAUUGUUUGGUCAAGGAAAAGUGGAAAUAGCACGUAGUUAUGAUGACAUAAAUAUGAUUUUUGAACACGAGUCUUAUCACUGGAUGGUUCACUUUCCUGAAAAUUUCCCAAUCAACCAGCGCAGCUUUACCGUGAAUUGA